AGAGGAAAAAAUGUAACCCUAGAAAUGGGUAUUAAAUUUGGGUGUAGCGUACGCCCACAGUGUUAACAGUAAACACGCGCCUCUUCAUCCUUAUUCCUACCUCUCUCACUCUUUCUUCUCUGUCGGCAUCUUCUCGUUUUUUCUAUCAUCUCUAUAUCUCUCUGUCACUCACACAAUCCCUUCUCCAAUUACAAAAGCCCUAGAUUCAAGCCGCUUCUCAUAAUCCAAAUCCAAUUCCAAUUCAAUUCAAAUCAAAUCGAGAGACUGCAUAGGAUGAUUUCUCCCCCCAUGUGUUUUGGAAGGAGUCUGAUGUUAUUGGGUUAAUUUGCACUUCAAACAACUGAUAAACUCAAUCACAUUUUAAUAUUUCUAUAUAUUAAAUGGAUCGACGUGAUACCUCAGGGUUUGUCAGCGGGGGUGCAUUGUACUCUUGUGGAGACAUCUGACCCUAACUUUGUAGAUAUAAAUCUCUUUAUGCCCCGAAGUCAGGCAGGCUUUUCUGUUGAAAUUUCAUAAUUAGGAUUAGAUAUUUUGUUUUCUGCAGUUGUUUUAUGGAAUCAAGGUUCCAGCACUUGGGAUUUCCUGUUAAUAAUUCUGCAAAUGCAUUCAAGAUUUUGGGCAGCUCUAUGCAAGUCGAACAAAGUCGAGCUGAUUAUUAUGGUACAGAUACCGUGUUACGACUCGAUUCCCCUGGUUCUUCAAUCCCCUCCCUUAAGCCUUCCUCUAGGGGAACAAAAAGGAAGUGGGAUUUUAUUGAUGGAUGUAUGAGUCAGACAGUUGGCUCUUCCUUGUCACUUGGGCUUGGGCGUUCAACCAGUUCAUCAGACAGCAAGGGAAGUUCAGCCGUUGCUUGCACUGCUAUGUCUUCAGGAAAAGAUAUCGAAGAGGAAUCAUCUAUGGAUAUUGAACUGGACUUUACUCUUAACCUUGGCUCUGAGAAGGCACAUAGCCUUAGGAAACCAGUUGAUUACAAUAUGAAGACAUUGGAGCUGCAACCAAAGUUUGAUUUGGAGUUGAGCCUUUCUACCGGACCGUGUGAGUCAGAUAUUACAAGUGUUCAUCUAAAUCCAUCACAUCCUCAAUUGAAUAUGGAGAUGGCAUCGGUAUUCAGCGGGACACAAAAUCCAGACGAGGGAUCUACGUCAUGCAGUUGGAAGCCAGGGAUUGUUUUGCCAUCUUUGAAGGCAUCAUUAAAUACUGAAGCUAGUUUCCUUUUUAAUCAGGCUCCAAAGCAGUUUGAUCAUAGUCCCAUAGUUCAGGACCCGUCCUCAACCGGAGCAAAAAGUUCAGUCACAUGUAUUUCUGGGCUAACACAUCAGCAACAGCCACCACAUCGCCACGGUAAUUCCAAGAUAUGUCAAGUUGAGGGAUGUGGAAAGGGAGCCAGAGGUGCCUCUGGACGCUGUAUAUCUCAUGGUGGUGGUAGGAGGUGUCAGAAACCUGGCUGCCACAAAGGAGCCGAGGGUCGUACUGUGUACUGCAAGGCUCAUGGAGGUGGAAGGCGGUGUGAAUACCUUGGUUGCACAAAGAGUGCAGAAGGACGGACAGAUUUCUGUAUUGCCCAUGGUGGUGGCCGGAGAUGCAGCCAUGAUGGUUGUUCUAGAGCUGCCAGAGGGAAAUCCGGACUGUGUAUUCGGCAUGGUGGUGGCAAGAGGUGCCAGAGAGAAAAUUGCACCAAGAGUGCAGAAGGUCUAUCAGGUCUUUGCAUCUCACAUGGUGGAGGACGUCGAUGCCAAGUAUCUGGAUGUACAAAAGGGGCCCAGGGGAGCACUAUGUUUUGCAAAGCACAUGGUGGGGGAAAACGGUGUACAGCACCAGGUUGCACCAAGGGUGCUGAGGGGAGCACCCCCUUUUGUAAGGGCCAUGGUGGGGGCAAACGUUGCACAUACCAGGGUGGUGGAAUAUGCACUAAAAGUGUUCAUGGAGGUACAAACUUCUGUGUGGCACAUGGGGGUGGAAAGAGGUGUGCUGUGGCAGGCUGUACAAAGAGUGCCAGAGGAAGGACUGAUCACUGUGUCCGCCACGGUGGAGGCAAAAGAUGCAAGUUUGAAGGGUGUGGCAAAAGUGCACAAGGAAGCACUGACUUUUGCAAGGCACAUGGGGGAGGCAAGAGAUGCUCGUGGGGCCAUCCAGGGUCAGAAUAUGGAAUCCAGGCAGAUGCUCCUUGUACUUCAUUUGCAAGGGGGAAAACAGGUCUGUGUGCACUUCAUAGUGGACUAGUACAUGAUAAGAGGGUUCAUGGAGGUCUCUCUUUGGGAUCUGGUCAGGAUCCUCGUUCUAGCAUGCCAGAUCAUCUAAAGCAGGUACUCUUUAACAAAGAAAUGGAAGUGGCUAUGAUUAAAAUAGGGAGUAGCCUAGGCACUGCGGCAGCUCCAAGAACUUGUUCUGACUUGAACCAACUUGAAGUUGCAAGCACUCGCACCUCAGCUGAGGAAGGUGGUCAUUAUCCUAUGUCAGUUGCUGUUCCUGAAGGUAGGGUGCAUGGUGGAAGUCUGAUGGCCAUGCUCUCGGCGGGUUCUAGUAGUGGUACAAGCAGGGGGAAAGGUCUGGCUAUUAGUGAUCCAUCCAUUCCAAUCAAAGGUUACAACACCAUGCCCCAGAGUUGGAUUUAAGGCUAGUUAUAAUUUCUGUUGUUAUUAUGGUUUCUUUAUUUAACAUAUUUUAUUAGCAUAUUUUACUUUGAAAUCCCCUUUGACGUUAGAUUCUGUACGAAUGAUUAGUGCUAUUCUAGCGAAUACACAAAUCGUUUGACAAUCUAACGUAGGGGAUAUGAGGGUAGGGACAUUGUACUAUGUUAGGUAGUUGGUGAUUAUGUUCUUCUUCCGUUCCUAGUUCAUGUGUAAAUAUUAUUCUGAUGAAACAUCUUAGCAGGUUGUGAAUACAUGUUGCUACCUGUAAGGGCUGUAGUGUGCCAUGUAUUCUAUUUAAUAAUCAAUCAAUAAAGCCUCCCUGAGUCUUAUGUUUUGUUA